AUGGCCUUAAAGGUAUCCGACUUAGACAAGCCUGCUUUGGAGGCCGAUGCCGGUCCAGUCGGCGGGUCGAUUUCGACAACAGUGACCCCAGUCGUUGAUGCUCAACCUCUGAAAACUCCUAGGACGAGGACUCGACGUGUCCUACGCUCCAUUCAGCGCUACGUCUGGGAUGAUCCUGACAGGCCGAAAGAUGAGAAGUGGUUCUUGUUCAAGCUUGACGUCUUCCUGCUUAGUAUAUCCUGCCUGGGGUAUUUCAGCAAGAACCUGGACCAAGCGAAUAUCAGCAAUGCUUAUGUAUCUGGGAUGAAAGAAGCGCUGAACAUGAAUGGAAGUCAGCUCACAUAUGCCGGCAAUGUCUUCACGGCCGGAUAUGUUCUUGGCCAAUUACCCGCGGUCAUGUUGGCCACGCGUGUGCGUCCGUCCAUCCUCAUCCCAACAAUGGAGGUUCUAUGGUCCGUCUUCACCUUCUGCUCAGCGGCAGUCAAGACGUCGUCUCAGCUCUACGCCAUGCGAUUUCUGCUGGCCAUAUGCGAAGGCACAUACUUCCCAACGGUCGUGUACAUCAUUGGCUCAUGGUACACCAGGAGCGAGCGUGGGAAGCGUAUGACCAUAUUCUAUGCCACGGCGAGCUUGGCUGGCAUGUUCAGCGGCUAUUUGCAGGCCGGAGCAUACCGAGGACUGGACGGUGUUCUUGGACACGAAGGGUGGCAGUGGCUGUAUAUCAUCUGUGGAGUCAUUAGUCUCCCUGUUGGCAUCCUUGGGUACUUUUUCUUUCCGGACUUCCCAGAGACCACCCGUGCCUUCUACAUCACAAAAGAAGAGGCUGAAUGGGCGAAGAGGAGGCUGGCUGCCGAUGGGAUGAAACCUCUAGGGGCGUCGGCGUGGGAUCGGACCAAGAUCUUCCGCAUCAUGGCUCAAUGGCAGUUCUGGAUUCUCCCGGUCGGGUAUUUUUUUGUCCAAGCCAGCUACCCAAUCUACCAGCCGGUCUUUGCCCUCUGGCUCAAGGCCACACAUCAUUCCAUCUACCAGAUCAACGUCUGGCCUACCGGUCAAUACGCUGUCGGCGUGGUAGUGCAGAUACUGGCAGGCAUCUUAUCGGACUCCCCACUGCUCCGAGGCAAACGAUGGCAGGCACUGAUCGCCAUGCAAGUGCCUACCAUUUUCGGUUGCAUCGUGCUCGCCAUCUGGGAUGUUCCUGAUGGGCUCAAGUACGUGGCGUACUAUUUGACAUACACCUGCGCUGGCGUGCCCGGCAUAUACUAUGCAUGGUACUCUGAGCUGAUCCCACAUGAUCAUGAGAUGCGAGGGUUUGUGAUCGCUUGGUCAAACAUGUUCAGCUACAUCCAGUCGAUAUGGUGGACACUGACCGUUUGGAGGACAGUUCUUGCACCACGUUUCCAUGCGGCUUUUAUUGCAGCCGCAUGUCUGGGCGUAGCACUCUGUUGUGUCUCAGUUCUGCUCACCAUUCUUGGGGAGCGCGACCGCAAGAAACGCGCUCUGGCUCAAGAAGAGCUCCGUGACGAGGAGAUUGUCGCCGCAGACAGCAAAUCCACGGAUGGGAGCAGAAAAUCACCUGCAACGGUGGGUGGCCUGACUAGCUUAGUGUGA